AUGUUUAACUUAAAAUAACUUUUAAUUGCACUACAUCACAUCACAAUAAUACUUUAUUUUAAUCGAUUGCAAUACUCAAUUUAAGAAAUCUUGCAAAAUUAGAGUAACUACUCUUACAAACUCGUAAAUGAUUUUUCUGCUCAAUCCAUUAAAAUGGUUUACCAAUCUACUGGCAUAUCGUUGGCAUUUUAUAUGAUAGUUACAGCAUCCUAUGUUAUCCAAUUAAUAGUGUUGUUUUUCAGAAGCAAUAAAAACUUGAAUCGAUACAUAUAUUAGCACAUUUAUUUAUUAAUACUCCUUUAUAGUGUGGGCUAAUUAGUAUAAAUUUAUUAUUACAAUUUUUAAGAAGAAUUGACUAAAUUAACAGCUUAUUAAAAUGAGGAGAACAAACAAGAUGCUUUAAAAGACUUGCAAGAAGAAGGUCAAUUGGCAUAAACUAUAUGGUAAUUGUAUUUCAUGUGCACUGUGAUAAUAAUAGUGGUAUUGAAGAUAUCUUAUUUGUAUUUUGGAUUGCAUCAAUUUGCUAAAUUCUUGAAGAUCGAAUUAUGA